AUGCACGGCCUUGCUGGCUGCAGAAGCCAGCUUCUGGUGGCCUGCGGACUUGCUUUGAGCGGCUUCCCGCUGCUGGCCCGGCGGCCCCGGGCUGCUUGGGUAGUCAGCUGCUUCGGCGACAGCCACACCGAGGGCAUCUACGGGGCGCCGUGGGUGCCAGAUCUGCAGCGGCGCCUUCGGGUCGAAUGCCGGAAUUUCGGGAGGAAUGCCUGGACUGCAGCAUCCGUUGCACGUCGAGCAGAUGCUGCGCAGGGCGCAGAGGCAGCCGUGGUCCUGGCGGGGACCAACGAUGCGCUGUUGGAGCUCGCUUGGCGCGCUGGCAACCAAGGCAUGCUUUCCAUCUACAGGGCUUUGAACGAGCUGCCGGCGGAUUAUCAGCCCUCUCAGGAGGCCUUUGCCGCCUCCUUUCGCCACCUGCUAUCAAAGCCUCACGUGUUGCUGUGCUGA